CAGGCCGACGCGAUGGUUAACGAGUACUAUUGCGAUCUCAGCCGCACAGGUACCUGGAACUGGGCCAAGGAUUGGACAGCUGGAGGAGCGAAGAGUGACGUCUAUACCUACUUCUUGACCCAUGUGCCUCCUAACGGAAACGGUGGUGCCUACCAUGGCUUAGAGCUGUAAUACGGGUUCCACACUCUGCCGUAUGCCGAUGCCUCUUCUGAUUGGACGGAGACGGACUAUGCUAUUGCGGACGUCCUGCAAAGCUACUGGGUCAAUUCUAUCAAGAAUGACAACCCUAAUGGCGAAGGAUUGGCCUAUUGGCCACCCAGUAAGGAAAAUGCAACGCCCAUGUAGCUUGGCGACUCUUGGGGAGCUGGAAAGGUUGCAGAGCCUGCCCGAAUUGAUCUAAUCCGGAGCUUGUUCAGCCAGAAUGUCGAAUGGUUAAAUACCUCGAGUGGGUCAGAAUAUGGGGAUAUAACCUGUGUGAG